ACUUCUUCGAGGCACUUGAAGCUGGCCUCGGUGAAAAUGCGUAAGCCAUUGAUCGUUUCUGACUCUACUAUGUCGACUAGUAAUUAACCGUACAAAUUAUAGGGCUGAGCCUAUAUACGACGUCGACGUUAAGCGAUUGAGAAUGUCAUUUCUUCGUAAGCAACAGCGGGUUCACCCUGACAGCUAUGCACAGAAAAGCAGUGAAGAAUAUCAAUUGGCACAGACUCAGUCAUCCUAUCUGAACAAGGCAUAUAAUACAUUGAAGGACCCAUUAGCUCGAGCUCAAUACAUGCUAGCACUAAACGGUGUGGAAGUCGCUGAAUCCGAAUCUUUGGAGGAUCCAGAAUUAUUGAUGGAAGUAAUGGAGAUUCGAGAGCAGAUGGAAGAAGCUGAGACAGAAGAAGACAUAAAGAAGCUGAAGCAGGAAAAUAUUGACAAAAUCGAACAAACUGCUGAACAGCUCAUCAAGUCUUUCAAAUCCAACAACAUGGAAGAAGCCAAAGAGCUUACCAUUCAAAUGCAAUAUUGGGAUAACAUUCGCCGUGCAAUUGUGGAUUGGGCUCCUGGGAAGCGUAUUGAGUUACAGCACUAGACAGCAAUGCUGCAGCAAAGCCGUCGUGUAUAUAAUUACUAUAGACUUUGAACCCAAAAAAAGCCAUCUACCCAUGUCUUUAGGACUUUUUAUUAUGCACUUCCAGACAACGAUAGAUUACGGAUUAAAUCAUUAAAUACUUAUCGCUUGAAGUUGUGAUUUUCGGUAUCCCCAGUACUUGCUACGAAUUGGAUCAUAUUUUGAUGCAAGUUCAUCACAAAGCUAUGAAAGUGUAAUUGUAUAUUGAGUAAAAAUGAGUUGAUAACCUUUGUAACGCGGUCAUCACAUUUAAUUCCGAAAAAACUUACCUUUAGUGCCUCGUCAUUGAUUGAUCGCUCUUGCUUCUGAGCUGCGUGCUCAUAUAACAGUAUCUUUGUACUUAAUAGAUGUGGUGACUGUAUAUUAUCUUUACUCAAUUCAUCCAGGAAUGGUUCAAGUGUUUCAACAGAUUGCCCGCAUUUUCGCAACACG